UCCGACCGCUCUUAAGUCGAACACGGACGUCACCAGCGACACUUCUCUGCUCAUCGCCUGCUAGAAAAGGAGUCAGCUUUAACACCACUCUUCACUGCUCCAAUCGCCGUCUUCGUCUGCGACACGACCCAAUUCCAAUUUAUCUACCAAACACAUUCUAUCUGCACAGCAUUUAGCUACCCUCUUCCCCCUCCUCAUGGCAGCAAACGUCGAAAAGCCUGUCACCUUCGGUGCCACCAUUGAAGCUCCCGCAAACACGGCCGCUCCUGCCCUUCGAUCGGCUCCCUCCCACGAGUCCGCCUUGACUUCAGCUUCUACCUGCCCUCCUACCGAGAAAGAAACCCCCAUCGAUACUGCGAAUCCCUUCUCUGCCUUCUACAAGCACCCAGACGCACGACGAUCCAUGGACGGAAACUCGAACAACAAGAUGCACCUCGACAUCAACGUCGCUGAGCGCGACUUGGAGUCGGGAGUGCCUCUCUCUGCCGCCACUACCCAACAACCCAAGGUUUCGGUCGAUGGACGUGUCAAGGAGUGCACCAUGUGGCCGUCACGACAGGCCAUGAUGGAGAAGAAGAAGAUGAGCCGUCGCGCCCGUGGCUGCAAUCUCUUCAGGAACCUCAACAGCAAGCAGAGACUUUGGGCCAAGAUUGUCAUCGCAUUGUUCGUCAUUGCGGCUGCUGUUGGUUUGGGUGUGGGCAUCUCUCGAGCCGUCGGUGGUGGCGUCUGGUCUAGCCCUGGCCAGAGCAAGCCCAUCCCCAACAGUUAGACACGCUCUAUAUUCACAGUCUCCAUUCCCGUUCCUCAGUUGCAAGGCCGCAGUUGUCCUUGUCGUUGUUAUUCUUCCGAAAGCUGUUCAGUGUUCUCAAGAUUUCGACUUCCCGCAACCUCUCUCGACAUCGCUUGCAUAGACCGACCAGACAAGACUGUUUCACGAUCCGUUUAUUCGACACUUCAAAUACUGCCUGUCCACCUUCUACUCAUCGGCUCCGCUUGUGCAUUCACUGGCAUGUCUAUGAUCGACCAUCUUGUCUUCAUUCUCCGCAUCACCCUCCGCAUUCUUCCCCCCACGAAACCAAUCAGACCAUCAUUCCUUGGCGUCGCACCCU